CCCUUAUGCGUUUCCGUCUGACGUUUACGGGAAACUGACGUGUCUUUUCCUUCAGUGUGGCCAGACUGUACAGCUGCUGUUUCAGCGUGAGAUUGUUUGGAACUAAUUAAUUAAAUGCUUUGGUAAAAUAAGAACAACCGAUUUGCAAAUAAGUGAAGUCAUGGCGGCAGACUGGGAGGAAAUCAGGCGUCUAGCUGCGGACUUCCAGCGAGCUCAGUUUGCAGAUACUGUACAAAGGUUGUCUGAGAGGAACUGCAUUGAGAUUGUGGCCAAGCUGGUGCUGGAUAAGAAGUUAGAUGUGGUUCACACUCUGGAUGGGAAAGAGUAUGUGACUCCUGCACAGAUCAGCCGAGAAAUGCGCGAUGAGCUCUACAUGCAAAGAGGGAGGAUUAAUGUUGUGGACCUUCAAAAGAUCAUCAAUGUUGAUUUGGUCCAUGUGGAGAGCAGAGCAAAUGAAAUUGCCAAAUCAGACAAAGGCUUGCAGCUCAUACUGGGUCAACUGAUCGACAAAACAUACUUGGAUCGGCUUGCUGAGGAGGUGAAUGAUAAACUACAGGAGGCUGGACAGGUGAACAUUGCAGAGCUUUGCAAAACAUAUGAUCUACCUGGGGAUUUUCUUACUGAGGAGCUGAACUCUAGGCUGGGCAGAGUGAUCCAGGGACAGAUUGAUCAGUACAACAGGGGAGUGAUCUUCACCCAAGCUUUCAUCGCUAGACACAAAGCUUGUAUAUGUGGUCUGUUCAGUGCCAUCACAAGGCCUACGCAGAUCAGCAACUUGAUAAAUCUCUAUGGUUUUCAGGAGAAUCUGUUAUACUCGGUGCUCGAAGAGCUGGUUAACAGUGGCCGUUUGAAGGGCUCCGUGGUUGGAGGCAGGCAGGAUAAAGCCAUCUACAUUCCUGACAUCUACUCCAAAGCCCAGAGCACUUGGGUUGACUCUUUUCUCAAACAGAAUGGAUAUUUAGAGUUUGAGGCACUAACCCGUUUGGGAAUACCUGAUCCAGUCAGCUACAUAAAGAAGCGGUUUAAGUCCAGCAAAUUGCUUUUUCUCAAAUCCGUGUGUGUUGGCAGAGCCAUUGUAGAUCAGCUUGAGGCCUCAGUGGAAGAGGCCAUCAACUCAGCCACUUGGGUUGACCUACAGCCAAUGCUCCCAAGCAGUCUGUCUGAGGACGAUGUAGGAAUCCUGUUGAAUGAAGUGCUGAGGGCUAUGAAUGUGCAGUCCAGUGCCAGGCUUCUCUCCACUUCUGUAGUCAGCGAAAAGUUCAUCAGCGGAUGCCUUACUUUAUUUGAUGACAUCAUGCAACAGAAAGCACAGAAGGAAGUGAAGAAUAACCCUGUGUUUCUGAUAACUGAGGACGAUGUCAAACAAGCAUCUGUUUUAUUGGAGACUUCAGCCUCUUCAAAGAAAGACAAAAGAGAUGAGCGGCGGAAGAAGGCUGCAGAGGGCAGCGGAAGCGUGAAAGGAGGUGGAGGCGGAAAUGCCAGAGAGAUCCGAAUCCGCAAAACAAAAAAGAAGGGCAGGAGGGAGGAAGACAGUGAUGAAGAGACAUCACACACCUCUCAGGGUCGAAAUAAGCUAGGAGACAUCCCCUUCCUCUCAGUAGAGGAGAUCAUGGAGGUUCUGGAGCAGAAAGUGUGUGACAGCUCUGAGGAGAUGCUGCAGGAACUGGCAGAGCAGUUACAAAGGCCAUUGAGUAAAAUGUACCAAGAAGUGGUCAGUACAGCUUUUAUGUCCACAAGUUCAACCGGAGCAGGGGGAAGUUGGAAGAAAAACAUGAAGGAUCUUCAGGAGGAGAUCAACAACUUGUACAACAACAUUCGCCUCUUUGAGAAAGGAACCAAACUGUUCUCAGAUGAGACGCAGGCUACCAUUUCCAGGCAUGUUUUGAAGACUGUAUGCACAGAUGUUACCAAUGUGCUGCUGAGCUUUGUGGCAGCUGAGCAUAUGACCUCGGAUAGCUCAUCUGCCAUCACCAGUGAGAUCAGGCUGAAGAUUCUGGCUAAGCUCUCAGAUGAAGUUAAAUCUCCUCUGAUGAAGCUACACAACAGUCUCAAUGGAAAGGCCAUUGAAGAGUUUCUUUCAUGUUUGGAGACGAGUGCAGAAGACUGCGGGCUACUUCUGAAGAAAGGUGACAAGAAAAGAGAAAGGCAGGCUCUCUUUGUGCACCGUCAGGCUCUGUUGGAGCAGUUGAGAGAUGCAGAAGACCCCGCACUUGUGCUGCAUCUAACCAGCGUCUUGCUCUUCCAGAACAUCACACACUGCAUGCUGCAUGCACCUGGACGUUGUGUGCCACAUAUCAUUGGCUUCCUGCAAAGCAAGAUUCCCGAGGACCAGCACAAGCUGCUGUCUCAGUACCAGAGUCUGGUGGUCAAGCAGCUGGUAGUACAGGGUCACGGCCUGGAGAAGAACAGCAAUCCGGGGCAGGGUGUCGAAGACAGUCCUGUUGUUCCUGAUGACGUGGAUGGCCUUCAGAAAGAGCUUCACAGUCUCACCAGAGAUGUUAAAGACAUCAUCCUUGCUCAGAAAAAAACGUCUGUCACAGAGUAACCCAGCUGUUAGUGUUUCCUGCCACAUGAUGUAUUAGAGCUCUAAUUUUAAAUGUGUAAAAAUAAACUGACUGAAUUCA